GACCAAUUGCCAAUUACCGCAAGGGGAUUCGCUGCCGCCUGUUCGCGAAAUCUCUCAAGCUCGAAAGCGCGUUGCCCCGCGAACGCACCUUCCAUCCCCUCGUCAUCGACCUCCAACUUAACAUCGCAACCACCCAAACCUUUCCAGACCCCCAAACCUUCUUCCCAAAAAGCCAGCAACGAUGCCAGCAACACGCCGUACCCGCACCUCGAGCGGACCUGCCGCAAAAGGCUCGCAAAAGACGCUCUCGUUCGGCAACAAAGUCACCAAGCCCGCCGCCCCCUCGUCCACGAAAGACAAAGCGCACACCAUCAACCCGAAGGCGAUUGAUCUUGAUGUCGGGCACGUCAGCUCCGAAGCUGCGGUAGCGGAACAGGCUCAAGUCGAGGUUAAGAAGAUUAAGGGCGAGCGGACGCCGGAGGAGGAGCGAGCGAGCAAGGUGACGGAUGCGCAGAUCAAGCGGUAUUGGAAGGAGAGGGAGGCGGAGCGGAAGGCGCCGAGAGUGCACCAGGGGGAUGUUAGUCUGGAGGAGAAGAUCUUGAGGUUGUUUGAUAUGAGCUCGCAGUUUGGGGUUUGUUUACCACCAAUUCCAGUUCCAUUCCUCUUACUUUGAAAAUGGAGGGAGUCUGACCGGAGUCACAGCCUUGCAUCGGUAUUGCACGUAUGAAGCGGUGGGUUCGGGCUAAUAAGCUGGGAUUGGAACCGCCGAUUGAGG